CCUGGAUAUGAGAGAAAAUUAGAGAGAGAGAGAGGAGAGACAGAGCAACAGGGACCAGGCUGAAGGGAACUGGGGGAACUGGGCUCUUGAGAUGCUCCAGAGUCACAGAGCAAGCUGGUUUCUGCACAUCCCUGAAAACUCAGACGUUAACGUGAGAGGCCUGAGGUGUUGACAGCCUCCAAACUGGUUCGGACUCUGAGUCAGCAUCCAGCUGGCUGAUUGCAACUGGAACUGGAUAACCUCCAAUUACACUGUGUGUAAAAGAACAUCCUGCUCUUACGGGAAGUCACAUGGAAGUUGGCGCCAACUGAUAUACCUGUCCAGAGAGUCUAAUCCUACUGUCACUGAAGGAUUAUAAGAUCACUUAAUGUCUCACUCUCCGAAGAGACUGUCUCUGUUGUGGGAGUGAGAAAACACCGGCAAAGCCCAGAAGCACCCGGAGCUCGUUCUCAUCUGGAGCGAUGCCCGGCCCAGUUCGACCCUCUCCACCGUAUCCCACCGCCCCCCCGGCCCUCCUCCUCGGACUGCUGCUCCUCGCUCACAGGGGGCCCUUACACGUCAGCUGCCAGAAUGACACCGAGCCUAUCGUGUUGGAGGGAAAGUGUCUGGUGGUUUGUGACUCCUCCCCCUCCGCCGAGCCAUCGGGUAGCGCCCUGGGCAUGUCGGUGAGGUCGGGGGCUGGGCGGGUGGCGUUUUCCGCCAUACGCAACACCAACCACGAGCCCUCGGAGAUGAGCAACCGCACCAUGACCAUCUACUUCGACCAGAUCUUGGUGAAUGUCGGCAGCCACUUUGACCCGGCAAGGAGCAUCUUUGUUGCCCCGAGAAAAGGAGUCUACAGCUUCAGCUUCCACGUGGUCAAAGUUUACAACCGGCAGACGAUUCAGGUGAGUCUGGUUCUCAAUGGCUCGCCGGUGAUCUCGGCCUUCGCAGGUGACCAGGAUGUGACCAGGGAGGCUGCCACCAACGCCGGGCUGGUGAUGAUGGAGCGGGGGGACAAAGUCUACCUCAAGCUGGAGAGGGGGAACCUUAUGGGCGGGUGGAAGUACUCCACCUUCUCUGGCUUCCUGGUGUUCCCCUUGUAGGCUGGGCGAAGGUCAGACAGCCCAGAAUUUGGGGCCGAUGGUCAGUUUCGGUUAAUAAUGUUUGAGUUCCACAUUAAAGCUGGAAGUGACAUCAACACUGCUUUGAUGCGUCUGUACAUGCAUCAGAUGGGUGAAUUCAUGAUGCACCUGAGUGUAAUUUCCAUUUGUGUAGCUCUCACGUGUCUUGUUGUGUAACGUGGUGAAAAUACUGUAGCGUGUCAUCUACACUGUCUGAUGUUCAGUGAUUUUAAGUCAGUGCAUGAAAUCCGAUGUUUGUGGCUGUAAAGAAAAUGAUUGUGUGUGUUCCCUGACUCGUA